AUGAUCCCCUUACGAGCUAUCUCCCGAACGCGUCUCGCAUCCUCCUUUUUAUCCCGCGCCCUAUCACAGCGAUUAUCACUCGCCUCUCGAUCAUUCACCUCACCCAGCAAUCCCCGACUGUCCCCUCCAGCUGCUCAAUUAGCGGAAUCUGACUCACCAUCGUACUACCAUCAUGCGCCUCAAGACUCCUCUCCUCAACCUCUCGAACCUCAUAUAAGAAUAGAAAACUCCCCUUAUCCAGGUCGAACUCAUCCUUUACUUCACUUACCAUCACCUCUACCAACCGAUAUCACCCCUAACCCCAAUUCACCACAUUCAAAUCUAUACCCAUCUACAGGAGUGAUCGACUCGAUAUCGAUGAUAUCAAUCUGUCUUAGAAGACCCGAACAUGUCCCAAGAGCUUAUCAGAUCUUCAAACAGUUAUUGGAAGAUUCCGCUUCCGGUCUUAGGAGAGUACCCGAUGCUGAAGUUUGGGCUAGAGUGGUCGAAGGAGUUGCUGGGCUUGGUAAAGAAGUAGAGGGUUUCGCAUAUGAAAACUGGAGAAAGAGAGCGGAAAGAUUGGUAUCUCAGUGGGAAGGUGCUAAUGGCGCUUUUGCAGCUAAGGAACCGGCUGGUAUGGAAAAAGGAGGAUUGAAAGUCUAUCAAGGAUGGUUUAACGGUAUAAUAUCUGCCCAAUCAUCGCUUGAUCCCCUUGUACCCUAUCUCCACCACCCAUCGUUACCUGUUUCAGCGCUGUUGGAAGGAUUAGAACCCUCAGCUGUACCGCUCGCUUGCGAUGCUUUGAUCGAAGCUGCCAGACGACACAAUAUGACUCAGCUGGAAGAUUCGGUUAGAGAAUUCCAAGGAUUGGAAAAACAGAGGAGAGAAGAGAUAGCCAGGGAGAUCAUUGAUGAAGUUAAGCCGGUCCUGGAGACCUCUGGAAAGAGCAAGAAGUCAGGAGACUUAUCGCACCUCACACCCGAAGCUAGAUUCGCAAUCACCAACCUUCGUUCGACCUUAUCUUCCAUCUCUUCCUCCUCCCUCCCUCUCAACAGACAGCGCAAGCUCGAAGAGGCAUCGUUGCAGGCUGCUCGUGCUGAGCUGGAGGAAUCGUCCAAGCGAUUACAAAAUGCCGGUGAUAAUCCAAUUUUGCAACGGAGUCAGCUGCAAGGCUGGAUGCAUGGAUGGCUUGGAUUGUUAACUGCCGAGCUGGAACAGCGGAUCUCAGCGAUGCAAGCUGAACUUCCACCUAUCGCCGAUGACAAAUACGACGUCACCACGCAGAAAUAUUCUGCAAGUUCGAAGAUGAAGCGGGGUGUACUUUUGAUGUACCUUCAAUUACUACCCGUUGACAAAUUAGCUUUGAUUACGAUUUUGGAGAUCAUGAGAAUGAGUGGUUCCGGUGGUAUAGCAGACGGUAUGAAAGCUCUGAGAGGGAUGUUGGCGGUUGGUAAAGCCGUAGAAACUGAGUUUAGAGCAGAGACGAUCAAAAAUGUCGCUGGUGUGGAUUCACAUCAUUGGUUGAGGACGAUUGAUCCGCAGACGCAGAAACCUAAUAGACAGCUGGUUGGAUCGGUAUGGAGGAGAAUAGGAGAACAGAUAAAAAGUCAGGGCUCAGCCGAAACGAUCGAAUCGUCGUCUAUGAUGAUGCACGAUGACUUGCAUCAAGUUUGGACACCAUCGUGGUCGCAGAUGGCUCAAUUAGGUGUAGGUUCGGAGCUUGUCGAAGCGUUAUUGAAGGUUGCGAAGGUUCAAAGGACGGCUAAGAACCCUAUAACAGGGGAGGAAGUCACCGAGGAACAAGCUGCUUUCACCCACGCCUACGAGUAUAUUCGAGGUAAGAAGCUCGGUGUAAUCAAGCUCAACCCUGUUGUUGCCGCUCGAUUGGCCAGCGACGAUGUAGGUGUGGUAAUCCAUCCUAAGCAUCUGCCCAUGCUUGUCGAGCCAAGGCCAUGGACGUCGCAUACCCACGGAGGGUAUCUGUUACAUUCAGUCCCUAUCAUGCGAUUCAAGGAAUCCGCCGAACAACAGUCAUACCUCCGACAGGCAUCAAGAGAAGGCCAUCUUGAACCAGUAUUCCAUGGUCUAGAUGUCCUCUCAUCCACAGCGUGGGCGAUCAACCGAAAAGUGUUUGACGUGGUCCUGGCCGCUUGGAACAACGGUGAUGCUAUAGCAGACAUCCCCGCGUCAGAGGAGAAAUCGCACUAUGAGAUACCCGAAAAGCCCGAUUCUAGAGAUCAAGAUCCAUUGAAGAGAUCAGUCUACGUGGAGAAGAUGAAACAGGUUAUGGGUCAGCAGAGGAAAGAUCAUGCGGAGAGGUGUAAAUUCAACUACAAUAUCGAAAUCGCUCGAUCGUACCUCAACGAUACGUUCUAUCUCCCUCAUAAUAUGGAUUUCCGUGGUCGAGCGUAUCCUAUCCCACCCCAUCUUAGUCCUGUAGGAGAUGACUUGUGUAGGGGGUUGUUGACUUUCGGUACGAAGAAGCCUUUAGGAGAAGCUGGUUUGAAAUGGUUAUACAUCCACUUGGCGAAUGUUUAUGGGUUCGACAAAGCCAGUUUCGAAGAGCGAAGGAGGUUCGCAGAGGAGAGGCAAGCCGAAAUCUUCGAUUCGGCAGAUAAACCUUUAGAUGGGAACCGAUGGUGGCUCCAAGCUGAAGACCCCUGGCAAUGUCUCGCAACAUGUUUCGAGAUCGCUUCGGCUUUACGUUCUCCCGAUCCAACGUUGUACGAAUCAGCAUUACCCAUCCACCAGGAUGGUACAUGUAACGGAAUGCAGCAUUAUGCUGCGUUAGGUGGAGAUGUGAGAGGUGCCAAAGCAGUAAAUCUGGAGAAUGGAGAUAAGCCUGCGGAUAUCUAUACCGGUGUGGUGGAUAUUGUCAACAAGGUCAUCGAGGAGGAUCAGAAGAAAGGUUUAGACGUGGCUUUGCUGAUCAAAAAGCCUCUCGGAAGAAAAGUCGUCAAACAGACCGUUAUGACCACCGUAUAUGGCGUCACAUUUGUCGGAGCUCGAGAACAAAUCGCAAAGCAGCUGCAUGCUCGAGGUGAUUUCGCCCAAGAGCAUAUCUUCUUGGUUUCUGGGUACAUCGCUAAGACUGUACUCAACUGUAUUGGUGAUCUCUUCUCUGGAGCUAAAGCGAUCAUGGACUGGCUCACGCAAUCCGCCAAAUUGAUCUCAAGAUCAGUCCCUCCCGAUAGAGUACACGAUGCUGCCAACAACCUCACGACGGUAUUACGAAAUGGUAAAGUGAAAUCUAGAGCUACGAAGGAAUUCAUGACUUCGGUAGUAUGGACCACACCACUAGGUUUACCUGUCGUUCAGCCGUACCGAAAAGCACAGAAGAAACAAAUUAUGACUGCUCUACAAACUGUAUACAUCUCCGAUCCUAACGCUCCUUCCGAAGUUUCACCCCAGAAACAGGCUACGGCUUUCCCACCGAAUUUCAUCCAUUCCCUCGAUGCGACCCACAUGUUACUGACUGCGUUGAAAUGUAGACAAAAUAACAUUGCUUUUGCAUCUGUACACGAUUCUUACUGGACCCACGCGUCGACUGUCGAACCUAUGUCGGAUCUGAUUCGAGAUACGUUCAUUCAUCUGCAUUCGCAGGAUCUCGUCGGGGAGCUAAGACAGGAGUUUAUCGAGCGAUACGGCGACCAUCGAAUCCCCGUCAACAGCGCUCGAAGCAUCUCCACCACCGCUGCGAAACGUAAAGAACAAGCUGCCAUUCGUCAAAAACAGAUGUCAGCUGUCUUGGGCGAAUUAGGAGAAGAUACCAAUUCGUCUGCAGACGCCGAAGCAGAGUUUGACGAGAAGACUAUCGACCUAGAGGCUGAUGCGCUAUCUUCAUCUGCGGAGGAGGUAGAAGCGAAGGCGGCCAGUGAAAUGGGAAUAUCAGUUGACAAGCUGGCCAACGAGUUGAGUGGUACUGGUACGAAGGAAAAGCUAGAAUUGAAAACUGAAAAAAUAGGUAAAACAACUUGGGUAAGAUUCGGUGAUGUCUUACCCCCUUGUCCACCUAGAGGUGUAUUUGAUGUGGAUAGAGUUAGAGAAUCUGCUUAUUUCUUCUCAUGA